CUGUUUAUUUCCUCUGACAGCUGCACACUCAGGUUUUCUGUUUUCACAGUGCUGCCUCUGUGGUUGAUGAUGUCUUGCAUUCCCUGCCACAUCUCCCGUGUGUUGUUGCUGGACAGGUGGGACUCAAUGUUCCUUUUGUGUAAUCCCCCUUGUAACCCAGAGUAAAAUCUGUUUUACUAGCAUUUAGCAAUUUCCUGCACUUAUUUCCUGCCAUUGAACACAUCACCAAUACAUGACUCCAACCACAUGACUUUGCUCAGCCAAUCGGAUGGCAUGUAGGUCAUAGUAAGCCUGUCCCGGCUUCCUCCCGUCAGAUGCGUGGAGGCAAGCCAGGUGACAGAGCUGUUGCAGACGCUGAUUACUGUGAGCCAGAGCCAUAGUGUUGUUGUGCACUGAACAGAACGGAAUUGGCCAGGUGAACCUUUUUGGGUAUGAAAAGGAUGGCGAGCCAAUGAACGGCUAGGAGCAGGACUCAUUCUGCAUUGGAGCUUCCACUGGUUGGGUAGGAAGCUAUCAAAGACGACGCUCUGUCCCCAUUUUCCAAAUACACUGAUUUCCACAAUCAUACACACCAUUCCCCCCGUUUAUGGACAAUAGCGCUUGGACAUUUCUCAUGGACAUUCAGAUAAAACUCAUGGACUUCAGUGUGGAUCAGUGGUUUUGAUGUUAACAUGUGUUAUUUAUGGGGAACUGUUUUUUGAGAAUCUAUAUUGCUUGGUAUAAGCCAUAAGCCAGAAGAAUUUGCUUAGUUGUCUUUGUGCACCCCCACUGGGUUUUGAUUAAUUGAAUAGCUGCAGCAGGAGUGAUUAUUUAAGUUUUCCUUUUCUGUUUUUGUUAUUUUUCUUUGGGUUUUGGUUUAAUACAUAGUACCUGCAAAAGCAUUUUGUGUUGUGUGUAUUUAUUAAUUACUGCCCAUCAGCUCCAGUAGCAUUCCUAAAUCUUCUGAUUAACCUAAUAUUUCACUCAGUACCUAGCCUGUAUUAAUUCAUUAGCGCUUCAUCAGUGUUACAUUUCUUGGCGAGCCAGCCAGGAGCUGAUUUGGUUAGUAAUUAAUAUAUAUUCAAACUCACCAAUUCAUUUUCCCCAUAAUGGAAGUUUUUGAGACGCUUGCCAUUAAGAUCCCAAACGCGGUUUUAAUUGACGGAGUAACUGAGCACUCGGUUGAUGAAGUUAUACAUUUCCUUGAACAGUAUGGUGACAUAGGCCGCAAGGUUACUAUAGAUUCACCAGAAUCUGAAUUUAAUAACAUGCUUGUCGCUGAGUACGCUUCAGGUUUAUCUUUAACGCGUUUGUCUCAGUUGUUACCGCACACAUCUAUUUCAGAUUCAGGUGACAAACUCCAUAUUGAAAGCCUAUCUGAAAUUUAUGCAUCAAAAGUUAGUGGUUCCAAGACAAAUACUUACUUGGCAGACUUAAAAAGAAUAGCCAAAUUAUCUGGGAGGGAUUAUGCAGAAGUCCUCAGUGAGGGGAUGACCCAGAUACGCCGGUCCCUUGCAGAGCUCAACCCAGAGACUCCAGUGGUUGCGAAACCAGAACCAGAAGAUUCAAAACCUCCCGAUUCAGUCUUUCCUCCUUCACUACCAGCCUCUCUUCCAUCUAAGUCCCCUUCUGCUACCAGUGGUGCUGAAGCACAAGGCGGAGAGAGGCAUGCUGCCUCCAUUCCAGCGGCUGAUCUCAACCCUCCUGAAGUGCAACGUUAUGUUGUGGAACACGUUGUUCGGGGCGGGGACAGCUUGCUGCAUGCAUUCCAUCGACUGAGAGCGUUUUCUGGUAAAGUGCCCAGGCCAAUUCAAGAGACAGAUUAUGAUACAUGGCGGUCAGGUGUUGAAUUAGCCCUGAAAGAUCCAUCUAUAUCUGAUCUGCAGCGCACCAGACUGAUUCGCGACAGUCUACUGCCUCCUGCCUGUAAUAUAGUAAAACAUCUCAGCCUUGACACACCACCAGAAGUCUAUAUGAAACAACUUGACUCAGCCUAUGGCACUGUGCAAGAUGGGGAAGAGUUAUAUGCCAAGUUCAUGGACACCUUCCAGGACAGUGGAGAAAAGCCUUUGGCCUAUUUGCAACGUCUGCAGGUGGUCAGCUCGAGCAGCCCUGUACAGAGCUCUGCCACCUGACCUGAAGGCAGCAUCGCGGGCUUUGAGGAGUGAGCGGACCUCGCUGGUCAUCCAGGGUUUUUGGUUUGGGAAAACCCGAAUGCUUUUGUCCACAGUCACAUUUGCAGUACAGAACUUGAUGUAGUCCAGUACUGAUCCUGUGAAAGUUUCUAGGUCCUGGGUGUUCAAAUAUGUCCCAGUCUGUCUGUGUGAAGCAGUUCUGUAGUUUGGAGAGAGCAUUUUCAGGCCAGGUUGUAACCGUCUUUGUGGUGGGCCUGGCACUGCAUCUGAGGGGGGUGUAGGCUCGGGAGAGCAGGAGGGAGAGGUGGUUGGACUGACCGAGG